CGCGUGAACGCGCGGGGGAAUCCCCGGUCGGUCGAUACUCAGCCCCGUGUGAGCUGGUGUGAGGGCGAGUCCACACACGGGCGUUGCUGAGCUUCGACGUGCAGGGCCCGGGACCCUCAGGUGGGAGGGCAGCGUAACUCACCUGGCUGCACAGCUUUAAGAGGCGGAACCGGAAAUCCCCCAAGACAGAAGCAGUCUGGGACGGAGACGUCCAGAUUAUCCAGGACGAGGAAGUGCGUCGGUGUGUGUUUCGAUUCUUCAGCUCCAGCCAGCACGUUCGGCCACAGACCGAGGAAUGAGGCCGACACCAUGCUGCUGAUCCUGCUCUGCCUCCACGCCGUCUCCUGGGUUGCGUCUCAGGCGCCGCCGCCUCCACAGAACGUCCAGGUGGAGAAGGGUCAGCUGACGUGGACUCCAGGGGAGCCGGACGUUACCUACACUGUGAAUUACCGCAGAUUUAACUCUGAUAAAUGGGAAGCUCUUCCAGCCUGCAUCCAGACGCCUUUCCAUUCCUGCAACAUAUCAGCGAUUGGGCCGCGCGACACUAACGACUCACCCGAGAACAGCUGCGUGACGCUGCGUGUGCGGGCCGAGAGACGGGGGCUGAGAUCUGAGGGUGUUAACGCCUGCAGCAGAUACGGUGACGUCUGCACGCCUCCGUUAAGCAUUUUGACCCGGCCUGGAUCACUCACCGUAUUCCUUAACGAUGACCACGAGCUGGCGAAGGAACACGCCAACAAUGCCAAGCACAGGAUUUACUUUGGCAGAGAGGGAGAGAGUCCUCUGCAGAAGUAUGAAGACACCAUAGACUCCAGGACCAUUGAAGACCUGGAGGAGGGGCAGCGGUACUGUGUUCAGGUGGCCUAUACGGUCCACGGGGACCUCGUGGAACCACGCAGCUGCAUCCAGUGUGAGGUCAUCCCUGCAUCAGAACACGUGAACAGGACGCCGAUGAUCGUGGGGCUGCUCGUCGGCAUCGUGGUCCUCGCCAUCAUCAUUCUUACAUUGGGAUACCUCGGGUUUUUCCAAACUGAGAAAAUCAAACGCUGCCUGGAGCCACAUAAAUAUGAAAUCCCGCCGAAUCUGUUUCGUGGGGAAUUUGAAGUCCGACCAUUUACUCCCAUCGUAGAGCGCUAUGACGACCUCCAGAUCUCUCACGGUAACUACGAGCCCAGAUCAGCACUCAGCCCUCCCGCCGCUGCUUCCUGAACUCUUGGAGAGGCUCCGCCCACUCACAGAGACUCCACUCAGUUUACCAGCAGAGGCGACUGAGUCGCUCACCUGCUCCAGGUGAUCUAACCGUGCACCAUCUGGAUUAUUUACCUGUGAGCACCUGAUCUCAGAACAUUUGUGAACUACUCCCAUGAGGACAGUGGGUGGAGUAAAACCAGGAUGGAGCGCAGCGAGCAGCUUCCUGACACUAAUUUUAACCACUGCGCGCUAACAACCAUCGCAGCAGAGAAGCGGGUCACUCUAGCAUUAACCAAGUAUCGUUUCUGAAUGGCCACGCCUCCCUGAAUGUUCUCCACGCUGCCGCUGCUUCAAACCUCCGAUGACAGAAAAUAGUAGAAAAACAGGAACUGCAAACACGUCUGCGUGCUCUUUCUCAAACUUCCUACAGUCCUGUUUAACUCUGAGAGUUAGUUCCUUUAUUAAUAACUGUCGGUGAGAGCGUUCCUGGGCAGGUGGGAAUAACACGCUCACUGCUGGAUCUGACUGGCUGCGGUAAGAGGACAGUUGUGGCCAACACUUCCUGUUUCAGUGAAAUAGGAAGUGUCGCAUGCGCCUGUAACAUGAACACUGUUGGGUAAAUAUUUGUCUACGGGAAAUUUUCAUGUAAUUUUUUGGGGGGGGGCGGGGACACAGGAAGCCCCUCCUCCCUGCAGAGGUCAACUCCCCGUCCUUCUGAAUAAGCGGAGUUCACCUUAAUAAAAUGUCUGAGUCA